AUGAGAAGAGCUCUUUGCUAUGGAAACGAUAAGCAGGAGGGGAGGUCACCAUCUGUUAUUGUUGUUGGUGGUGGCAUGGCUGGGGUUGCUGCUGCACGUGCACUCCAUGACGCUUCGUUUCAGGUUGUUCUCUUAGAGUCAAGGGAAAGAAUUGGUGGCCGAAUUCACACUGACUACUCGUUUGGUUUUCCUGUUGACCUGGGAGCAUCAUGGUUGCAUGGAGUUUCCAAGGAAAACCCACUGGCUUCGGUGAUUGGGAGGCUGGGACUACCCCUUUAUCGUACGAGUGGAGAUAACUCCGUACUUUAUGACCAUGAUUUAGAGAGCUAUGCACUUUUUGAUACGGAUGGGAAUCAGGUUCCCCAAGAGUUGGUAACCAAAGUUGGUGGAAUAUUUGAGACAAUUUUAGAGGAGACAAAUAAAAUAAGAGAAGAAAUCAGUGAAGACAUGUCCGUACUUCAUGGUCUUUCAAUUGUUUUUGAUAGGAAGCCUGAAUUAAGGUUGGAGGGGCUUGCUCAUAAGGUGCUUCAGUGGUAUUUGUGCAGAAUGGAGGGUUGGUUUGCUGCAGAUUCUGAUACUAUUUCACUGAAAGGAUGGGACCAGGAGGUGCUGCUCCCUGGUGGUCAUGGUCUAAUGGUCCGGGGCUACUUGCCUGUUAUAAAUACCUUAGCCAAGGGUCUUGAUAUUCGCUUGGGGCACAGGGUGACAAAAGUAGUUAGGCGAUAUAAUGGAGUAAAGGUAACAGUGGAAAAGGGGAAAACAUUUUUUGCUGAUGCUGCCAUUAUUGCUGUUCCACUUGGGGUGCUGAAAGCAAAGAGAAUACUGUUUGAACCAAAACUCCCUGAUUGGAAGGAAGCUGCCAUUGCUGAUCUUGGGAUUGGACUUGAGAACAAAAUCAUCUUACACUUUGAAAAUGUGUUUUGGCCUAAUGUGGAGUUCUUGGGAGUAGUUGCAGAUACGUCUUAUGGAUGCAGCUACUUCCUAAAUCUCCACAAGGCCGCAGGUCAUCCUGUCCUUGUUUACAUGCCUUCUGGGCGGCUUGCCAAAGACAUUGAAAAGAUGUCUGAUGAAGCAGCUGCCAACUUCGCUUUCAUGCAGCUUCAGAAGAUUCUUCCAGAUGCUUCUUCACCGAUUCAGUAUCUUGUUUCUCGGUGGGGCUCAGACAUAAAUUCACUAGGUUCCUAUAGCUAUGAUGCUGUAGGGCAACCCCAUGAACUAUUUGAGAGGCUACGAGUCCCAGUGGAUAACUUGUUCUUUGCAGGGGAAGCAACAAGUAUGAGCUAUCCAGGGUCUGUUCAUGGGGCAUUCUCCACCGGAAUAAUGGCAGCAGAAGAUUGCCGGAUGCGGGUGCUGGAGCGAUAUGGAGAGCUUGAUUUGUUCCAGCCAGUGAUGGGAGAAGAGGCUUCCUUGUCUAUCCCAAUUCAGAUAUCACGUAUGUAA